GCUUUCCUGCAGUGAUGUGGUCUUUUUUACUAAAAGAUAAAAAUGAGGAAAAUUGUGUUCUUCAAAACCAGCUACUAUAUUUGGCUUUUUUCCAAAGGAGUUUCCAAUUACAGAAAGAGUUCUCUAACAAAGAAUGUUUCCAGGGCAGCAGAUGUUUCACUCAUUACAUAAUACUGAGCAUGGCUAACCUUUAAAGCUUUCCACUGGGGCAGAAGUAUUGACAUAACCAUGAUAGAAGACAAAGGUCCACGGGUGGCUGACUAUUUCGUAGUGGCAGGACUCACUGAUACAGACACGGCAACCCUCCUGGACCAAGAAAUCAGCCGACAUGAAACAAAGUCAACUGGUCCCAAGGCUCCAAUUACUGACAUUGCUGUGAUAAUUAAAUCAGCUGGCGAAACUGUCCCAGAGGGAUAUACCUGUGUUGAGGCCACCCCUACAGCCCUCCAAGCCAACUUAAACUAUGGAAGUCUAAAGAGUCCUGAACUUUUUCUGUGCUACAAGAGAGGCCGGGACAAGCCACCUCUUACUGACAUCGGAGUUCUCUACGAGGGGAAGGACCGCAUAAUUUCGGGCUGUGAGGUGAUCCAAGCUACUCCGUACGGUCGUUGCGCCAACGUUAACAACAGCUCAGCUUCUUCGCAACGCAUCUUCAUCACCUACCGAAGGGCCCCUCCAGUGCGACCCCAGAACUCUCUGGCAGUGACAGAUAUCUGUGUUAUUGUUACCAGCAAAGGGGAAACCCCUCCUCACACAUUCUGUAAAGUGGAUAAGAAUUUAAAUUGUGGUAUGUGGGGUUCCAGUGUAUACCUUUGUUACAAGAAGUCUGUGCCAGCUUCUAACUCUUUAGCGUAUAAAGCUGGCUUACUUUUCAGAUAUCCUCAAGAGAACUAUGAGUCAUUUCCACUGUCAGACUCUGUACCUCUCUUCUGCCUUCCUAUGGGAGCUACUAUUGAAUGCUGGGACCCUCAAACCAAAUAUCCACUGCCAGUGUUCUCAACAUUUGUACUGACCUGCUCUUCAGCAGAAAAGGUUUACGGUGCUGCUAUCCAGUUUUAUGAGCCUUAUCCCCGGGAGCUGCUAACAGAAAAACAGCAAUCACAGCUGGGUCUUCUGACGACUGUAGAGAGAAAAGUGAUUACUUCCAAGUCCAUCAAUUCAAACAAAUGCAUCUGUCUUCUCUCACACUGGCCUUUCUUUGAAGCGUUUCGAAAAUUUCUUAUGUUCAUCUACAAACUCUCUGUCUCUGGACCUCAUCCUCUUCCCAUUGAAAAGCAUAUAUCCCAUUUUAUGCACAAUAUACCUUUCCCUUCACCACAAAGGCCAAGGAUUCUUGUGCAGCUUUCUGCCCAUGAUGCAUUAAUAUUGUCACAGCCAGUUUCUACACCAUUGCCAUUAAGUGGAGCAAACUUUAGCACUCUACUCAUGAAUCUUGGACCAGAAAACUGUGCCACUCUGUUACUCUUUGUAUUACUAGAAGGCAAGAUCCUCCUCCAUUCCCUUAGACCGGCUGUGUUGACAGGAGUGGCUGAAGCUGUCGUAGCUAUGAUAUUUCCAUUUCAGUGGCAAUGUCCAUAUAUCCCCCUCUGUCCUUUGUCUCUGGCCACCGUACUCAGUGCACCUCUUCCAUUUAUUGUUGGAGUUGAUUCACGAUACUUUGAUCUGUACGAUCCACCACAGGAUAUUGUGUGCAUUGACUUAGACACAAACAUGGUCUACAUAUCAGAUGAUAAGAAGAACACCAACUGGAAGCAGUUCCCUAAAAAGCCAUGUAAAAGUCUUCUCAGCACCUUAAAGAAACUGCACCAACAGCUUGCAGCAGUUCACAGGAAGACUCAAGAAGGCUCUGCAGUGGAAAUGACUCCUAUAGAGGCAGAUUUCUCCUGGCAUAAGAAGAUGAUAGAACUUGAGAUGUUGAUCCAGGAAGCAUUUCUCCGUUUCAUGGCAUCUAUUUUGAAGGGUUACAGAACAUUCCUCAAGCCAAUCACACAGGCACCUUCAAAUAAAGCAACUGCUGCUGAUUCAUUGUUUGAUCAUCAAGGAUUUUUAAAAAGCAGAGACCGGGCCUAUACAAAGUUUUACACGCAUCUCACCAAGACACAGAUAUUCAGCCGCUUUAUUGAAGAGUGCAGUUUUGUGAGUGACAAGGAUACUGGCUUGGCAUUUUUUGAUGACUGCAUAGAAAAGCUCUUUCCAGAUAAAGGAAUGGAAAAAGGAGAGAAGGUUGAUGUAGAUUCUGUUGAAGAUACACGCUUGAUUGAGCUUGAUGAGUCACAAAAAAGUGAACACACAGUGUUCAUAAUGCCACCAGAACCACCAGCUGAUGAUGGACAGGACCGAGUACCAAAAUACAGCUAUAAAAACUUCCCGCGGCUAGAUUUCAAGCUCUUUGACAGGCCACAGGAGCUCAAGCUCUCCUUCAGCAGACACCCAGCUGGAAACAGCAUUUCAAAUAGUCCAGCACUCAUGGCAAAGAGGACAAAACAGGAGAUAAAAACAGCCCAUAAAUUAGCCAAGAAAUAUUAUGUAAGCCCCUCCCAGUGGGCUAAGUGUCUCUUCAGUCACAGUUACAGCCUAUGGUUUAUUUGCCUGCCAGCCUAUGUCAGAGUUGCACAUCCCAAGGUCAAAGCACUGCAACAGGCAUAUGAUGUUCUGAUUAAAAUGAGGAAAACUGAAGUGGAACCACUAGAUGAGGUCUGUUACAGAGUAGUAAUGCAGCUCUGUGGACUGUGGGGUCAGCCUGUUCAGGCUGUGAGAGUUCUUUUUGAAAUGAAAAAUGCUGGAAUACAGCCAAAUGCCAUCACCUAUGGUUAUUACAAUAAGGCGGUUUUAGAGUCUUCUUGGCCUAGUGGUAACCGCAGUGGCAUAUUCCUGUGGACAAAGGUACGAAAUGUAGUUCAUGGCACAGUGCAGUUUAGGCAGUGCCUGAAGAAAUCAAUGCAGAUCCCACAAGUGCCUGUGAUACCAGUUCUGCGGAGUCCCACGGGUGGAAGUGAUGGGGACAUGGUGAGCCAUGGUAGCGUGGAUAGUUCUAAUGAUGCUAACAGUGGGGAGCACACCCUCUUCGUCAGUGACUUAGUCAGGCUUGAUUCCGUUGAUAAUCACUUUAGCACAGGUGGUCAGUCAGACCAGGGUUACAAAUCCAAGGAUGAACUCUUGAGAGAUGGUGAGGAUAGUCUUCCUGCAACUGAAACACACGUAGAGAAAGAUAUUUCUUCUAACCUUGAAGACUUAAUAGGAGAGAUUUCUACAGAAAAAUCUUAUGAAAAGCAACAGCUGAAUAUAGAAACUCUGAGUCCAGCUGAUCCACCUGCUUGGGGUAACAGUAUUGUGAAAGUUCCAUCAGGCAUUUUUGAUAGCAAUGGAAGGAAGGGCAGUGAUGAAACAGUUUCUAGCCCACUGUUCAUAACUCAGGAUUCAGUUGAAGAUUCAGUCUUUGGUGAUGUUUCUCCUAAGAAGACAAGUGAAAAAAGACAGAAGAGACAAAAACUGUUUUCAGAGAGAAGCUGCAGUUUCAGUAGUGAAAGCAGAGCUGGAAUGCUGCUGAAAAAAGGCAGCUUGGACUUGCAUUCUAAAGAAAUAGCAAUAAUGAUGGGAGCAGAUGCCAAGAUCUUAACAGCAGCUUUAUCUGGGACCAAAACUUCACCUAAAUCCCACAGCUUUGAAAAUAUCACUGACCAGCAGGUUUCUGACAUGAGUGGCACUUGGAGUGGUGUGACUCAGAGUGAUUGGGACCUAGAACAUAGGUCUUCACCAGUGCUGGAAGAACCUGGGGAAGGACAGGAGGAUCUUGAGAAUGGAAGAGAUGGAAACAUGACUACAGUGGAAGACCUAAAUCUUGAGCAAUCAGCUGAGUCUAAAAACCAGAAACCUGAAUCCAAAGAUGCAACUGCUAAAAGAAAUAGCUUUUAUGGAGUGGUUAAGCCUAUUGAAAGGGAAGAUGUUGAAGUAGGCUUGGACCCUCUGUCUUUGCUAGCUACUGACAGCACACAACCAGGUUAUCCAGAAUCUGGGGAAAAGUUGAUGUCACCAGUUGCAGCACGUAAUUUGGCAGAUGAAAUAGAGAGCUAUAUGAAUUUGAAGAACCCCUUGGGUAGUAAGUUUCCCAGCAUGGAACUGCACAAGCCAGAUAAGGAAGCAGAAGCUUCUGGUACACUUGGUCACUCCCAAGAACGAAGGUCAAGCCUGCCCUUGGAUCCCAUCCUGCCAUCCUCCAAGUGUUAUGAAAGUCGAAGAAGUCCUUCUGUCUGCAGAUCCAAAACAUUCACUGUACGAUCAAAGCAACAAACUCACCCACAAGUUCAAAAGGAGCGGUCGUCAUCUUUGACAGGACUGGCUCGUUCUUCCCCGCAUGGCUCACUGGGAACUGUCGUAACAACUUUAUCCAGUCUGAAGUUAGACAAUAUACUGUCUGGACCAAAAAUUGAUGUUUUGAAAUCAGGCAUGAAGCAGGCUGCCAAUGUGGCCAGUAAGAUGUGGGGAGUGGUAACAUCAGCAUAUAGUUACUCAGAUGAUGAGGAAGAAAGCCAUCGACCAGACUAUAACUUCCCUGUGGGCUUUGAAGAUAGUAUUUUAGGAGACAAUCUGUCAUCAAGAACUGGUGUCUCAGGCCUACUUACAAAUGAGCUUGCACAAAGCACUACUAGUCUUGGUAGUAGCAGCAGUGGUGGAGAUGUAGGAAGACAGCAUUACAGUGCAGGUGAAGUUUCAUUCCCAAAAAGUAUGAAACUUCUAGAUUCUGAGAAAUCAGAGCACAGCUCUUCACAUAAUACUAGUUUAUCCAGCAUUUUCCAGAACUAUGCAAUGGAGGUCUUGAUGUCAAGCUGCUCUCAAUGCAGAGCUUGUGAUGCUUUGGUUUAUGAUGAAGAAAUCAUGGCUGGGUGGACAGCAGAUGACUCAAACCUGAACACUACCUGCCCUUUUUGUAAAAGUACCUUCCUACCUUUGCUUAAUGUUGAAUUUAAAGACCUUCGUGGCUCUGCAAGCUUUUUCCUGAAGCAAAGUACCUCAGGAGAUAGUUUACAGAGUGGCACCCUUCCAUUAACCACAGAUCCUCUGGAGCAGAAACUGUUGACCAGUCCAGCUGUUGCUGACUUGAUCAGUUUUUCAGAUCACCUGCAGUCCAGCCACACCAUAGCUGAAGAAACCAGCUCUGCAGCUGAGCAGGGUGAUUUGGCAGAAGAACAGACUAUGGAUCCCACCACCAUGACCACACAUGCCAGUAAUCCUCCAAAAAGGGGCGUGUCCUUGACUCGGAGCCACAGUGUGGGAGGUCCUCUGCAAAACAUUGAUCUCUCCCAGAGACCGUCUCAUGGCAUUUCAACAGUUAGUCUUCCCAACAGUUUGCAGGAAGCUGUGGAUCCUUUAAUAAAACAACAGAACCCUGCCCCUGUAUCUGUACCCUACUUGAGCCCUUUGGUACUGCGUAAGGAGCUUGAAUCACUCCUGGAGAAUGAGGGAGAGCAAGUAAUUCACACAUCCAAAUUCAUCAAUCAACACCCCAUAAUCUUCUGGAACCUAGUCUGGUAUUUCCAACGGUUGGAUCUGCCCAGCAACUUACCUGGACUCAUUCUGACAUCUGAGCACUGCAAUGAGGGAGUGCAGCUUCCUUUGACAUCUCUUGCUCAAGAUAGCAAGCUUGUAUACAUCCAUCUUCUAUGGGACAACAUCAACCUCCACCAAGAGCCGGGGGAGCCCCUAUAUAUAUCUUGGAGAAAUCUCAAUUCUUCUGAAAAGAAACCCUCCACACUGGAAGAAGAUCAGCGGGCAACAAACACAUUGUUAGAGAGCAUCAAACUAAGUAUUCAACACAAUGAUGUUAUGAAGCCAAUCAACCUCCUCCUACAGAAAGUUAAGCCAGAUGUGAAACGACAGAGGAGUUUUUACAGGGAAAUUCUUUUCCUGUCUCUGGUGUCUCUUGGAAGAGAAAACAUUGACAUUGAGGUCUUUGAUAGUGAAUACAGACUUGCACUUAAAAAACUACCAGAGGAAAUUCUUGAAAAGAUGCAGAGAAUAGAUGCUCCACCAAGCAGCAGGGUUGAGUGUUGCAGGAAGUGGUUUGGAGCACCUUUAAUAUAAAAACAAGGAAGACGCACACCGUACUUCGGAGAGACAAAAGCAGAGCUGAACAAACCGAAGAGCAUGGUGACACAGACACUUUUGAGUCUCUCUCAUAUACACUUUUGAGUCUCAAAAGGUAUUAAUUGAGCAAUUUGUCAAAUCAGUUUCAUUGAACUGCAACAUGUAUUCUUCUCAUUCAUCUCAUGGGCACAUUGUAAAAUUUGUCAAAAUGUUUUAAAAUUAUGGGUUUAUUUCAGUGGUUGAUCUACUUUUCUCCUAUAUAUAUAUUCUUUAAUUUCCUCAAACUUUUCCUCCAUAUUAUCAAAUUGUUCAAAAGGCUGAUGAUGAAACAGCAAUCUAUAGUUGGUGACUUUCUUAAGGGCCACCAAUAUUGGUGUAUUUUAAUGAAGUACUUUUCCAGGGCUCAGAUUCCUCAAUGCUUCUUUAAAAUGACCUUUACCUAGAGAAGAGUCCUUUUAUUAAUGUGUGGUAUGGUUGCAUGAAUGUAAAUAUUUGAAAACUUGGAUUGGAAGCUGCAAUGCAGUUGCUUUCAUCAGAUAGUACUUUAAAUUUCAUCAGACAGUACAUUAAAUUGCUACCCUUCUCCUGACUCUUGUCCCAGUCAGUAUUCUGAAUUACCUUUGCUGACCUUUUCAAAGUGUGUAUCUACAGCUGUGAGAAAACAGAGACUUACACUCAACUUUCCUGUAUUCUCUGUCUGAUAAACUAUAAGGUUCUGUAAAUGUACUGGCUGCUUUCUCCAAAGGAGGAUAAGCUUCUACACAAAGCAGCUCAGAAAUGGAUGUCAUUCUAAGAAUUAUGUAGGAAGCUCAAAUGGUAUUAGAAUACACACAAGAGUUGUCAACAGAUACUGCCUGGAAAAAAAAUUAUGCUUUAUACUAUUUGCAUGUGUGUUUAAGAGGUGUCCUCCUUGAAUUCUUUAUCACCAUCUCCCUUGGUUUUAUACUAGCCUGUGGGUUAAUUAUUUUGCACUGAUAGUCCAGAUUCAAUAUUUCAAUUAAGAUGUAUUUAUAAAUGUAGUCUUCAAGGUGUAUAUUAGCAGAAAUGAAGUGCUUAUGUGUAUGAUCUGAAAAGAUGUAUCCAUCUUUUGUAUUGCUUCUAGUAGAUAAGACACUUCCUCACCUCACAUAUUUAAUUGACUACAGUAGUAGUAGUCUUGGCAAGGGAAGCCUGGAUACUGGUCAACAGUGUAAGUGUUUCUGUUACUUGAAGAAUAUGAUAAGAUUUAUUCCAGGUUUUUGCUGAAAGUUAGUGGUAUGGCUUUUACAAUGGAAUAAUUCAUAGAGAAAAAAAUAUAUUUGUAGCAUGUAAAAGGAGCAUAGCUUAAAAUACUAAUUGCAUCUGGGUAUGAAUGUAUUUACUUGAUACUACUUUUAAAACUUUUCAUUCUUCAAAAUGAUGAGGGAUGAAGAUCUGUCUGGAACAAUUUUUUAUAUGAAACAAUAAAACCAACUUUUUUUUCAUGAGGUGAAAACAAGGGAGUUGCACUAUACAUGACAAAAUAUAUUUACAUCAUAGACUGAUGCCUGGUAUUUUGUCUACAAGUGCUGAUCCUAAGUUAAUAUGGGGAUAUUACCUGGACAGAUUCUCUCCUGAUAAAACUGUUGUGCUUUCUCAACAACUAAAAGCAAGAAAGCACGCAAUCAUUAUUUUUUUUUUAUUCUUUGGGUUUAUGCACAGUUGCUUGCUGAUGUCUGACCUACAUCAUAAUUAAAGAACAGCCCUUGAUUCUUCAUCUUCUCUUCUCCAGUUACAUAAUUGACAUGGUUCCAUCCUUCUAAAAUACAAGUCUAUCUAAAGCAUUGAUCCAAACAAUUUAAUAUUUCUACAAAUCAAAGCCAGCAAAUUUUUCUGUGUAACUCUAUGCAUUAUUUUUCAACAGACAGCUACACAAAGACCAUUAUUUUUGAGUAUUAAACAGACAAACCAUGUGAUUAUGUGAUGCAACUUGCAAGUAAUCAAGUUUUAGUCACUUUAGUAAUUUUUAAAUUCUCACAACUCAUUAAAUGACAAGGAAAAUCUGUGUAGUGAGUGCUGUUUUAGAUACGUGACAUCCAAACAGUUUUAAAACAUAGUAAAUAUUAUUGUUAUGAACUAGUUUCUGGAAACACAUAAUCUUCAUUUCCAAACAACUUUAUCAUCUGUUGCUGAAAAUAUAGACUAAUAAGGGAGUAGUGUUGUAAAGACAACAAAGCAGAUUGUGUCACAGUGUCUAGUGUUAAUUGUCCAAUUUCCCAGCUAUAUACACUAAACAAACAAAAAAACCCAACAAAAGUAAAGCCAGAGGAGAAAAAAUCAGCUGCAGAAUUGGACUUGCUUUGAUUUGCUCUUGCAUAUUGGCAUUUUUGUACACUACAAAUUAACUGCUAUUCCUGGUGUAGGCACCUGGAUUUCAGAGUGGUAGAAGUCCUGCACGUAGCUACUUGAAAUCUUGAAUCUGCAUAUUGGAAUUGAUUCUUUAAUAUAGAAUAAAAAAAAGGAAAACCUUCUCCUUUCUAUAGGGAGUUCUUAAUGCUUAGGUUCUAGAGUAGCUAAUAAUCAGUUGGUUUUUUAAUAUAAUCCAUAGCUCAGAUGAAAAGGGAGAUACCUGAAAACAAUUUGUUUUCAUCUAGGAUGCUUUUAUUGGAGGUGGGGGGAAAGUAAGUUUCACAAAAUCUGGCCAAAAA